GGCUUCAUUUUGACUGGCGCGGCGCUGCGGCCCAGAGCCGAGCGGGAACAGGAGGUGGGGCGGGGGGAAAGGCAGGCCGGCCAGCCGCCAGAAACACAGGAACACGGAGAUCCGGACACCCCCCAGCUCCUUCCCUGUACCAGCACCGCCGAAAACUGACAGAAAGACAGCCCCCGCCCCACCACAAUGACAGUGUAAUCGGGCCGAGUUGUUUUUAAAUUCAUCCCCCUGAUGUGUGUGUGGAGCCACGGCGGUUAACUUCAUUCCCCUCACCCUCUUCCCCGCCGACUCACUCUACUUGUUAAUUGCUCUUAUAUUUAUUUCUUUUAAUUUAUUUCUUAUUUUUAAUCCCCACCCAUCGUCACCCCCGGAAAAAAAAACAUUGACUAUACGCCGCUGGUGGAGCCGACAGAUUUUAUGUAUGAGAAGGUGCUGUUUAGGUGGAAUCUUGCUUGUUAUAGCUUUGGCAACACAAGUAUCCAAAAUUCAGCAAUAAAACCAUCAUCAACAUGGCCAAAGAUAUUGGGGUAAGAGAAACUAAUGGCGAAAUCAAAGUUUUUACAGAUCAGAAUGUUAGCCCAGCAAAAAUUGCAUUAGUGACAAUAGCAUCUACGCAUCUCACCACCCCAGGGAAACAAAUUUUGCCAAAAACAUUGGGGCUAUCAAAUGUUAGUAACGCUCCUCAGAUGAUAAUUAGCACACCUCAACGUCCACCAACGACAGCUACUCUAUUAGUGGAAAGCCCCCAUGGUCCUAGUCUACACAUGUUAACUCAGGUUGAGACAUCAGACACUUCUCCGUGGAGUACAGGUAAAAGGAACAAAAAGGGUGAAAAGAAUGGCAAAGGAUUGCGGCACUUCUCAAUGAAGGUUUGCGAAAAAGUGCAGCAGAAAGGAACAACUACCUACAAUGAAGUGGCAGAUGAGCUGGUGGCAGAAUUCAGUAAUACCAACAACCAGGAAUCUGGCUCUGAUGAACAGGGGUAUGAUCAAAAAAAUAUAAGACGUCGUGUAUAUGAUGCAUUGAAUGUGCUCAUGGCAAUGAACAUAAUCUCCAAAGAGAAGAAAGAAAUCAAGUGGAUAGGACUCCCCACAAAUUCAGCUCAAGAGUGUCAGAAUCUGGAGAUGGAGAAGCGGAGGAAACUGGAGAUGAUUAAACAGAAGCAGUUACAACUUAAGGAGUUGCUUCUGCAGCAAAUUGCCUUUAAGAACCUGGUUCAACGAAAUCGCCUUGUAGAGCAACAAUCUGGCAGGGUUCCUCCUCCCAAUACUGCCAUUCAACUGCCCUUCAUAUUGGUCAACACCAGCAAAAAAACAAUCAUAGACUGCAGUAUCUCUCCUGAUAAGUUUGAAUAUUUUUUUAACUUUGAUAAUACAUUUGAAAUCCAUGACGACAUUGAAAUUCUUAAAAGAAUGCGAAUGGCUUUUGGAUUGGAGUCUGGUGGCUGUUCUGCUGAUGAACUGAAGAUGGCUAAGAGCUUAGUACCCCAAGUCCUGGAACCAUAUGUAAUAGAAAUGGCUAAAGGAGUGCAAAAUGUUAACUCAGGCCCAAGUUCAGUGACAGCAUCUGCAUCUUCGUCAAGCUUCCAGUCUAGCAGAGCAUUUGGUGCCAGUGAUGCAAUAGUAGCCUUACCAACUGAUACCGAAGUGGCCUUAGUGACGAGUCAAGCACAAGGAAGUUUCAAUGGUACACACAGUUCUGAUCUGAGAAUGGAGACUCCUAUGUCCUAUAUUGAAGAUGAUGAUGAUGAAGAGGAUGAUGAUGAGGAGGAGUAUGAAUGAACUAAUGAUCAUUCUCCAUUCAUUCCUAUCUUUUGCUUAAAAUAGCAUCUCUGGAAAGAACUGUCACUGAGUCAGAGACCUUAAGAAUUGUUAUUUUGACUUGUAAGGGGUUUUAACUUAAUUCUAUUCUCUUCUAAUUUAAGCAUAAGAAACAUUGAAAACAGAAUUGUAGAGAUACUUUUCUGAACGAAAACAACAGUUGAAAUUUUAAAAAAGAAGUUUUUGCUUCUCUGAUCUAAAAGAGACUUGUUACUGCACCAAGUGCAGCUAUAAAAGUUACUAGGUGUUCAGUCACAUUUUGGAGCAAUAUUUCAGUAACAUCUCUGGCUUCAAAUGUGCUACCUAGUACUGAUGUUUACAUGUAGUUUUUUUUUCUCUCUCAGCUGAGCUGCUGGUUUAGCACCUUACAGCAACUAUGUCCCAUUACAGGGAGGAAGAAAUGGAGAUGGUUAUCUCCCCUCCUACAAGUUUGCCUCUGUUAGAUCGCUAGAUGGCAUUGAAAGUGGUUGCGGAUGGGGUCAAUAAUACGUUCCAACAUUUCAGUUUGAUGUGUUGAAUGAAAUUUGGAGCAGAUAAGAAAGGGUUAAAAAAAUUGUUAGUACUGAGACGAAAUUGAAGUGUUACUUGUACUUUAAAGGCUCUUUGCUGCUGCCAGAAAAGUUUGUAAAAAGCAAUCCUGUGAUUGGUUUUAGAAUUUCUGGUACUAGGUCAAAUAAAUAGUGCACUAUAUAGUUCUAUUUAGUAUAUUCCUGGAGCAGCAGUAAUGUAUGAAGUACUUUUAAAGCUUGACUUCACCUUUCAGACAUAAGUAUAGUGGUGUAUUCACUGAACAGAUGCAGAUCUUUUUACCCAUCUUAUCUUUGUAACCACCUACAAAUAAACGCUGAACAAAGCCUGUUGCGGAAUCAACAGUUUUUUUUGUAUUAAAUGCAUUCUUAAUUGAAAGAGCUUCCCUGAUGGCCUGUGAGAUUUUAAAACUUUUUGUGCAGUGGCUAUACAAAUGUUGUGUUUUCUGCAGCAGACAUAAAAGUUAGAUGUUUUACUUUGUGUUCUUUCUGGUUUGCUGGCUGUAGAAUUUGUUGACAGUGCAACCUGCUAGCACAGCAGCAGCUAUAGUACCAAUGCACUCAAUUGAUUCUCCAAUUGAGUAACUUUUUCCAGUGUUGCAUGUUGCUAUGGGGGAAAGGAGAAAACAUGAAAUGCUUUUCAAAUCUAAUUCCUAUAAAUUACAAGCUGAAUUGGAAUGCUUUUUCUUCUAAUCAACUCCUUUCUGGUGAAACAUGGUCAGUAAAGGAUAAAAGUUGGGUGCAGUUCUGGUUUAGGUUGGCUGAAGAUGAAGGCUGACUUUCUGAAUUGAUUUUGGCUAAUGUAAAGUCAAUGACCUGAUUGGUGCUAUUGAGUUGAGCUGUUUUUAUAAUUAAAGUAAUGGCUUGCUGAAUUGCUUCCUAAUUCCUUACGAUUUCCAUUGUGAAAAUCUGGUAUUUCCUCUCCGUAGUGGAAACAUACUUCCUGUUGAAUGUUGGUAAUGAGAAGUCUGAAAAUGAGAGUAUUUGGAACAAUUCUAUUUCUGAGUUAGUUGUUUUAGGAAGCCUUUUUGAAGAGAAAAUAGGGACAUGCAAAUCCGGCAUCUGGCUUGAAUUUUCUUGGUUAUUUUUUUUUGAAAGCAAAGAAAAUAGAAUCAAGUCUUGAAGAAUCCCUCAGAGGUAUUGUUUUUGCCCUACUUGCUUUGAGUAAAAGCAUGUUCACAUUUAGUUUUAUUAUCAAAACUUGUUUUACCUGUCAAGUUUUGUUCUCUCAAAGGUAUGAGUAUAAUAUCUCUAUAUUCAUUGAGGUUUGUUUCAUAACCUUCAGUUGAUGUAUUUUUCCAGAUGUUUUGUUACUACUAGGAGCAAUACAAAAUGCACUUCACUCUUCACGCAUUAUCUUAAUUGUAUACAUGAAAGUUGAACCUUGUCAGCCUUUAAGCACCAUUUAAAAUCAGAUAGCUGACAUUUCAAGGCCUAAGUGGAACUUUGUGUGUGUGUGAACCCAUGUGUGCGCCUCCCAGAUUUGCUUGAACAUUUGGAUCAAAUGAAAUAUGGAAACUGUGGCCCAAUAGAGACCUAAUAAACUGAGUCUUUAUUGUGAUUCUUAAAUUGAUUUUAAGGGAAUUUCCUGAAGCAGCUUUUUUGGACUUUUGUACGUUUACAGAAACUUGGUCUCAGAAUUUUCUAUAAACACUAGGUCUAUUUGUAGACCAUCUUGAGUAUAUUGAGAAGGCAAUAACUGGAAUAGGAAAUAUUUAAGACUGACAAGUCUCUAAAAAAAAAACACACCUGGAGCAAAGCAAUCUGCAAUAUAAAAAAUACGGUAUUUAAAAAAACAAAUUUAUGAAAUCCCGAAGGUGUAUAUUUUGUUUGAAUAAUGUGCUUCAGUGAUACAACGUCUUUUUUUUUCCUACAUUACAAACAAUGUAGUUACAGGUAAUUUUUCCCUGUCCUAAAGACUUGUUUAUGGUAGCAAAAUGAGGGUUGGGGAAGAGAUUGUAAAUGUUGAGACAAAAACCUAAUCACUCAAUGCUGCAGUAUAAUCUGUAAUUCAAACAUAUAAUUCUGUCUGCAUUGUUACAUACAAGGAUGUUGUUUUUAGUUUCAUGACUAUCAUUAAAAUUUAUAAGCUUGAAAUAAAAACAUAAUCUUAUAUUUGA